ACGAAAUCGUCAGGCAAAUUCUGUCACGCGUUUCGCCGGAGCCGUGUAUUUUCUUGCAUUGUGCGAUUUGCCAGUUUGUAUCAAGGAUAAGAGAGAUAUGUGAGAUCGCGAUUGCUGAUCGAGAAGAUGUAAUUAGUCAUUGACAAAAUAUUCAUUAUUGCUCGUGAAACGUCAAUUUGAUCAAAUGCAGUACGCGCUUCUAUUGCCUUAAGAAAGUGUCUGACGAGCCUUUACUUGUUGUUCGUAAUAUCCUGGGAAUUAUUUAAGCGAACGUGUAUCGAGAUCGUCUGUUGAAUCCUAAGGUAACGCGAUGCCUGGUAAAAUAAAGGUGAAAAUAUUAGCAGGCCGUAAUCUGCCUGUUAUGGAUCGUUCCGGCGACACAACCGAUGCAUAUGUGGAACUAAAGUUUGGCAAUAUAACGUAUAAGACGGAUGUGUGCAGAAAAUCUCUGAAUCCCCAGUGGAAUUCUGAGUGGUAUAAAUUCGAGGUUGACGACGCUGAAUUGCAAGACGAGCCGUUGCAAAUCAGGCUGAUGGAUCACGAUACGUAUUCUGCGAAUGACGCGAUAGGCAAGGUUUACAUAAACUUGAAUCCACUAUUGUUACCUGGUAUGCUACCUCCAGUAAAAAAUAUUUGGACUCUGGAGGCAGCUAUGAACACAAGUGCUGGCUCACAAGGAUCAGUUAUGACCGGAUGGAUACCUGUGUACGACACAAUGCAUGGCAUACGCGGCGAAGUGAAUAUUAUUAUCAAGGUGGAGUUAUUCUCCGACUUCAACAAGUUUAGGCAGUCCUCCUGCGGAGUGCUAUUUUUCUAUUCGCCAAAUAUACCGUACGGAUAUCACGCCCAGAUGAUACAUGGGUUCGUGGAGGAGCUUGUGGUUAGCGACGACCCGGAAUAUCAGUGGAUCGAUAAAAUAAGAACUCCCCGUGCGUCGAACGAGGCGCGCCAGACGCUGUUUUUCAAGUUAAGCGGAGAGGUCCAGAGGAAGAUCGGAUUGAAAGCACUGGACCUCGGUGGAAACGCUGUGAUAGGGUAUCUGCAAAACUUCGAUCUGGAAGGCGAGUCCGGUAUCGUCGCGAGAGGCAUUGGUACGGCGGUCACGCUCGUAAAGCUGCACGAUGUUCUCGGCUUCCCCUGCGACAGCGUCAACAUCGAAGAGAGUGCCGCGCUCGCGCUUCCUCCACGCACUAAAACCGAGCCUCCCGACGACAGCGCGCUGCUGCUCUUCACUCCCGUUCCCGCUUCUUACCCUUUGCGCAUACCGACGAGACUCGCGGACAGGACGCGUCUCCCGUUCUCCCAUGCCAAGUCCUCGUGCUCGCUAACGCGCUUGGAGACACCCGGACACGCGACGCACAAGAGACCCCGCAUCCCCUUCUUCCGCUCCAACACCUCGAGCACCCUCAGCCUGAGGACCUUCGGCGCUCCUGAACCCACCACGCCGGAGUGUCUGAUCGACGAGACGGUGAAAUCUCUGCGCACGAUGCUGGCUCCGCCGGAAGACUCCACCAGGAGGCAGUCGCCCAACAACCGGCUCUCCAGACAGAUCCGAAGCCUUCGCGACAAAUUCGACCCGGUCGGCGAGGAGAACUGCCUCGCCGACCCGGUCCGAUCUUUCAUCGUGAGCGUGCGCAACCCCACGCCGAGGGAGCCGAGAAGCCUGAAGGAAACGAAGGCCGGUAAGGUAAUGGCCGCGUUGCUCAUCGGAUCCAUACAGACCAUGCCUCUGGUGAAGAUCGGCGAGUCUAUCGUUGCCUCCAGCAACGAGCAGCCCCGCGACGAAGAGAGUAAAUUCUGCUGCGAGGAAGAAGCCGGCGACGUCAAGACCCAACUCGAGCAGGACGCCUCGUCGUCGACCGGCGAGACCGAGGCGUCCUCCUUUGACGAAGAAGACAGCCCGGACGACGACUCGUCGGAGGACAACACCAGCUACAACAUCCUGCACGAUUCGAGAUACUCGCUCGACGGGUCCGACGGGGCGGGACGCUCGCCGAGCACCCACCGGAGAAACGGGACCCGCUCCACCCUGCAGGUCGACUCGGACGUGCCGGGGGGCACAGGGAGACCCGACGAGAUCAUCCCCAUCAUCACCGUGGACGUCCACGAGAGCUGCUCGGAUGUCGACGCGUGCCGACUGUUACCGAGCGACGAGGAUGCCUCGCCGGACGGGUCGCGCGACCCGACGGACACCGACGGUCCCCUGUCAUCCGUUGAUCAGCCGCGAGACGUCCAAGACGCCUCCGCCAAGUCGAGCCUGAGGGUGGAGGAGGACGAGCAACGCGGCUCGUCCCAGGAAAAGACGCACCGUGUGCAUCUCACGCGGCAUCAACGAGAUCUCUGUCGGGCGCGUAGCCUGCCCACGCAGGCAGAGAGGCGAUCGGCGCGACCCGGUGAAUCCCCGUCGCUGGACGAGAAGAAGGACGCGCCGCGGAGGACGACCGACGCAGCUUCGCCACGUCACGGGGAAAGGCGCUCCAGGCUGACCUCGGAGAGGCAGAGGUGCAUGUUGGACCUGAUCAGGUUGAUCGACACGAAGAUGAUGGCUGAGCGCGCGUCGACGCGCCGCGUCAAGAGAGCCGUCUCGUUGAGGAGCAGACGGAGGAGGCGCGAGAGGUCGUCUCCUUCGCGCGCGUCCACGAGGAGACGCCAUCAGGAGAGGGACGCUUCCUUCCGCGUGCCCCGCGUCUCCUCCACCCCCGACUGCCUGUCCUCGGGCCACCGUCCGGUACCCUCGUCCCGCCCCCGUUCCUGCGGCUCCUCCCUCCCCAGCUUGGCCGACUGUCGUCGCCACCGUCGUCAUCACCAUCAUCACCACCGACGUCAUCAUAAUCCUCCUAAUCAUACGCGCACACCAGCCGGCUCGAGUCGAGCGGACGACGCGUCCGAAAUCUCGAAGAGACCGCUCGAGAGCCGCAGCGACGUGUCGCCUAACGCGGCCAGCGAACCGACCGCGAGCCGCGACGCGGUCGCGAUACGCAAAUGCAGUAGCGUCUGUAAUCUAGGCGAAACAUUAUGUCACAUCGAUCACACCGAGCCCACUAACACGGCUAAUAUGACUUACAACUCGUGUGUGUCCCGUCCUUUCCCCGAUCUUAGGCAGCAGGACCAAGAGGCGGCGUCCUCGAUCAGCCCGUCUUAUCCGCUCCCGGCCGUCCCGUCCGUCGCGGCUAAGGUCUCCCAGUCGCCGGCGAGCAGAACGCUCGCCAGCGUGCCGCUUCACAGGAGGUCGAGCGAUUCCGACUUGAGCGUCACUCCGAAAGGUAACUCUCUUGGCAACAAUGAUAGAUCGAUGGCAGCACCGUUAAGGACACCGGCCGCGGUAGUUAGAUCCAUGAACCAGGACACCUUGGAAAUGUUAGAGUACCCGUUCAUUACCAUGCAACACUAUCCGCCUGGCUUCAUACUACAUAUAGGCGGUCUGGUGAGCUCGAGAUCGGUGAAGCUGCUUGAGAGGAUAAGCAACCUGGAGGAGCCGGAGGGCCGUGACGCUUGGUGGACCGAGAUCAGAAUGGAAGUUAGAUCACACGCGAGAGCGUUGGCUUGCAACGUAGUUAUAGGCUACAAAGAAGAAACCAGUAUAUGCGACGACGUGUGCGUGUUGAGCGCCUCCGGCACGGCGGCGGUCAUAAACCUGCACAAUUCGGCCCAGGAACCGGACGGGGUAGGUAUGAACAAGCUCCAGCUGGGCACGGCGGCCUCGGUGGACUCGGAUCGCGAGAAAGGCCAGCUGAAGCCGGCGGCGACGAAGACGGAGAAGGCCGACGGCGAGACGCCGGUGGCGAAUCACUCGGAACGGCAGAGCGGCAAAGCGUGCAGGCACUCUUCGGAGAACAACGAUCACGAGGGGCCUUGCGGCCAGGCUCAGUUGCGGUGUAACCUCUGCCACUUGCCGUACAGCGAGAAGAGCGUGCCGUUCCGCGUGAACGUGUCGAAGUGCGCCGUAUGCAAGCGCGCCCGGGUGCCGGACGUGAUGUUCACGACGAUCGAAGUGCCGGCGAACAUACCGACGACCGGCAGGGGUUGCUUCAUCCAGGCGACCGUGUGCAAGAACAAGAAGGACCUGCGGGGCGAGCUGAACGCCAAGGAGAUAUCCGACUGCCUGCCCUUCCUGGAGUACGAGCUCCACAGUCUGCUGCUGAACAAGCUCCGGAUGAAGGGCAUGAACGCGAUCUUCGGCCUCAGGCUGCAGGUCUCCGUGGGGGAGCGUCUGAUAAUCGGUAUGGCGGUGGGCACCGCGCUCUACCUUACGGCGUUGCCGCCGCCCAUCGUCCCGAAAAUAGCGUCCGGUAAUUCGUGGCACAACGACGAGCAACUGGCGGAGAUUCAAAAGUCCAUCGUGGAGACGGUGAAGAAGAAUCGGGAGUUUUAUCACCUGAAGCCCACCGGCGAAGCAGAAAGCGCACGCAUCACGAGUACUUCCGAUACGGACGAGUCGGACGAGGACUUACCGGAACUUGACCUCGGAAUGGGUACGCGUGACACCUGCGUCUUGGAGGUGGACGACAUCGAGGACCUGGAUCGGAUAUCGUCGUUGAUGGACGACAGGCCGCCCGACGACUUUCACGUGGUAAACACGCAGACGAUUCCCGGCCUGGAGGAUUUGGAAAUCGUCCGAAAUUUGCAGAUGUUUACGCAAGUCUCGAGGACGAAGAUUCCCGCGGGACAGUCCGCGACGAUGCCGUCCAAGUUCUUCGCCCGAUUACUUCAGUCCUUAUGCUUUAAGCUGAGGAGGAUGGUUCCCUGCGCGCUCUGCGAUAUGCAGUUCAGAGUAGCGCUACCCGAGCAGGAUGAGAUACAAGUAACCGUCGUCGGCAUGGCGCUUGGACUGGGAGAACCCCUGAGAACGGACAGAUACAAAAAGAAAAUCGUAUGUCGUUCCUUGAGCAAGGAUCAAGUGAGGAAGUCAGAUGACAGUGAUAUGAUAUUUAGCCUAGAUGAGGAUCACGUGGAUAAUAACGUCGCAUCCGACAAUGCGGUUCGCACUUGUGUGGGAAGCUUCGCAGUUUCAAACAGCGUUUCUAUGCAGAAGCCGAGGCCACGUUCGCCUUUACGUUCGAAGACGUUUGCGACUCACAGACAUAAACAUGUGCCUUUGAAAGGGAGAUACGGCGUAGACAUAACACCUUUAUCUUACCUGCCGGGUGGCAGGAUAGAGAGAUACCAAGGCAACUUAAAUUUCUUCUUCAUCCGCGAAAGUACAUCUAUACGGGAGAAUGGUGGACUGAGUGGUUUCACUCACAGUUUCGUAAUGGAAGUUCUCGCAAUCGUUCGCGCCCACAUCACAGCAUUAGGGGGUAACGCUAUGGUCGCGUUCUCAAUGACGCAGUGUGUACUUCUUCAUAGCCCACACAAAAAUCAAGGUCAGUGCCUGAUCAACGUAGGUGGCGAUGUGGUAACGGUAUCCUAUUACGCCGACGAGAAGCAUAGCGCUGUUUCAAAUUGCUGACCCCAGCCCCCCCACUCAGCGCCGCCAUAAACAACCGUCGCACUUGGCGAUCAAUCAUUUGAUUCAAUGUUUACCGACAUUCUCGUCAUACCCGAAUCCACGUGUCUAUACGUCCGUGUGUCUAUAUGUGUCCAUAUGCGCACACUCUGGUCACGAGGAUAUCAGCAGCAUUGUCACCUGCGACGCCAGCCUUAAUUGACUCCUAGCGCGCCUAUUAGCGAUACCGCAGUCGAUAUUCUUACUUAAUAAUAUAUUUUGCAGAUAAGAUAACCAAAUAUCAGUUUAUACAACGAAACCUCAUUCACGAGCUCGUGAAUUGGAAUUAACAGAAACAUCGUAUUUGUUUUAAGGAAAUCUUGCUUCUGAUAAGCAAGAGUGUAAAUUUAAAUUAAUUCUUUUUUUAGGUCAGAAGAACGUUACGAUUAGCGAAUCUUCUUAUCAGUGAGUAAGUCUAGGAUUCGUCAUUUUUCGUUUCUCAGAAACAGAUGUAUGUAUUCCAUUUUCGUUUAAGCAAAUGAAAAUGAUAGGAUAUGGUAGAGGUGCACCGCGUUCUUCGAAAUAUUAUUUACGUUAGCACUUUUACUGCCAUGAGCUGCCGUAUGGCGGCCUCCGUAUCACGUCACGCUGAAUCUCAAUUAACUGGUUACUUGGCUCUAAAUAUGCUCGUCAGGUUGUGAGAUUAUGUACAUAGUUCCAUCGUAUUUUCGAGACAUCGUUUUCAUGCUUUCUUAGUGAAUCUGACCGGCUGAUCGUUUCAAGUGUAAUCCUCGACUGUCACCGAGGUUGAUUGAAUUGAUGGGGAUUUAAUUACCGGAAUAAUUAAAAUGGUCUAAGAAAGGGAAAGGGUAUAUAUAUCGGACCACAUUGUUCUAGAUUCAAAUAUCGUGAGAGCCAAAAAUGAUCUUUCUUUCUCAGAACGAUCGAGUUCGAAUCAAUCUCUUUUAGAAUUAUGCGAUAGAAUUAUGCUAAAGGCAAUCACAUUUGCAGAAUAUUAAGCGAAUUAUUUAGUCUGUUAGGAAACUCGAAACACCUCGGUCACUAGGUGCCUUUAAAAUCAUGCGGAGAGAGUUCCAUACGUAGAAUAUUCUGCGUUAUGCAGGAUAUUCAACCAAUAGACUUAGCGUAUCAGAGGAAUGGUAGAAUUCUGGUUGUGACGACACCCUCGAAGCAGAAUAGAUUUUUAAUACUACACUUGGUCACGGUGUUCUAUCAUGAAUUUCACGAAUCACUUGUAAAUACAAUGAAAAUGGCCUUCUCGUCAUACAUUGUUCUGCAACUGUUGCAUACGUAAUAGGUUGGGAAAUAAGCAUGUUUCUUUUUAUGGUAAUUAACAAAGUAAGUGAAGCAGAAAUGACGGAACGAUAUUGCAUGAGAAUGCGUUUUGUCGGUUUAUGUAAUAGGAAGAACAUUAUAGUUGUAAAUAUAAUUCUGAAUAUUGAGUCAUAUUUGUGUCUCGGUUGGACAACACGCGAUCGUUGCUCGAGUAGUCAAUACGGCGUAAAACACGACGAUAAAAUUUUGCGUGCAAAUGCCUAGAUAAAGAUUUUUACACAUAAUGAUGUAUUUUGCGGCUUACAUAUUGUAUUCUAAUUUGUUCUUCCAAUUGAGAACUACACGAAAAUUUGUUUGACGUGAUAGUUAAAUGUUUAUUCAGGUGAUCAAACUCUAGUCGAAGUUGCUCUGUUUGUGUUUUUUUUUAAUUAAUUUUAAGAAUAUUAUUUGAAUUGCUUAAGUUAUUCCGCUAAACUCAACACACAUACACACACACACACAUAUUGAGAGAGAGAGAGGUAUAUAUAUUAAUUUACAGAGUGAUGAGAAAGCUUGGAAUUUCGUUACUUAAUAACGGAAACAUACAAAACCUUUAGGGACGUCACUCCGACUGACUUUAAGUGUAUUCUGCUGCGCUUGAAUGCAACGGUUAAGAAAAUUAUUACAUCGGUUUUAUUUAAAGUUUGUUUUCUCUAAUAAAAAUUUGCGAAAUAUUUAUCACCGUUUUAAUAUUUUGCAUUGUGCCAAAGUUUGUUAAUAUCGAAGACGUAUCUCACGAUACUACUAUCUAGUGCUGUCAAUUUUGACUAAGUAUCCGAGUAUCCGAGUCUUUCAGUGACUGAUUUUGCGGCUAAUUUCAGAUGUUACAAAUUCUUGACUUUUCUAAUAGAUAAUAAUGUUUGAAAUUCGCCGUAUUUACUCAGAUACCGAAAGACCCGGGUAUCCGGGUAGUCAAAUUUGACAGCGUCGCUGUUGUAUUCAAUAUUACAAAAGAAGCUCAAUGAAUGCCCGACUAUUCAUGUAGCGAUUAGACUUAGUGAUUCGACUGUUGCGAAAUAACAUAUAUAGAUAUAAUAAGUAAGAACGUAAAAGGAGAAGACGCACACGAAGGUUAAAGCGCAAUUCGUGUCGAAGAGUGCACGUUAAAAAAAUCUAAAGUACAAAAUAGAAGGUAAACUGAUGUAUGACAAUUAACGUGCAUGCGUGUACUUAUGUACUUAUAAAUUACUUGUACCACUUAUAAACUACUUGACGGACAACCAAGAAGAAAAUGUUCUCCUCCCUUAGAACAUACGUUUCUUCCUAAUGGAACGUUAUGAUUUUUCUUCCACCUCAGGUAGAGCGAAUUUCGCCGGUCUUACUAAGAACAAAAGAAGGGCGAGAAACUCGCUGUAAAGUUUAAUGUACAUAAAUUAAUGUACGUAAAUUGAAUAAUCUUAAUAAAACAAGGAUGAAAAGAAAUGUGGAAGAGCUGUACGCAAUCACGGAGGCCGGAGAACCUCCGUUGGACGAAUUCUUCGUAUCCGCUUCCGCCGGCAAAUUCCGUCGCGCACGAGCGUCCCAGCGGUGCGGCGCCGCGAAACCGCAUUUCGCAACGGUAUUUGCGCAGGUGGAAGCGAGAUAAAUUGCGCGCGCGACGGGAAUAAAAUACGAGUUGCGAAAUGCACGACGCGAAAUUGGGACACGUUUUUACCCAGCGCGCUCGCUCGCUCGUACGCGCGAUAAAGGCUACUUAGGAUGCCGUGGAAGGGUCGACGAAGGGGACGAACAAAUAUUGCCGCACGGGUAAUUGCCGAGACGACGGCGCUACAUCAAUCUCCGGGAGCCGCGGGACGAAUUCGAGAAGGACCCCGAGUUCGAAUGUCCGUGCAUUUUACGCGAGCAAGCCAUAUAACUUGCAUGCCUAGAAGACAUCUCAGAGACGUCGUUCAGACACCUUAUUGUCUAAGACGUCUUUAUGCUCGCCGGGAGAGAAUUUAUUUCGAGGGCGACGUCCAUUUCUUCAUUCGGAUGCCAAUAUGCUAUUCGUAACUUUGCAUAUAGUCAACAAUUCAAGGUCAUUUCAAGGUCAAUUUCAUUUUUUUUCUGGAAUCACCUAGUUUUCUUUUUAACACAAAUCGAUUCUUCUGUUCAUAAUAACACUAAAAGUCUUAGUAAAAUUCAGAAAUUGUAACUUUGCCGUUACAGUUUCUAGCUAGCCGUAAAAUUUACGAGAAAUCGUAGAUAUUUACGAGAGAUUGAUAUACGGUAGGCAUAGAAUUGCUGAUUUAUGCAUAAGUUCUUACAAGUCUUACAAGAACAAGUCAUGAGUCUUACGAUUCUACUUAAAAUAGCAUUAAAGUCACUGUUUUAUGUCUCCUUCGAGAUCUUACAAUUUUUGUCUGAGAGAUUUCUUAUUUUGCUUGGUUGAAACAAUAUUCAAGGUGCUCAAAUUAGGUAAGAUAUCCUGUCAUAUGAUUAAGUUACUUCGUAUUGCAGUAAUAAAUCAGAUGUUGGUUAAUCGAUUUAGCGAAACGUAAGUUUGUUGUCUUUUUUAUACUGAAUUUUACGAAGUAAAGUUUAAUGCGAAUAUUACACGUUAUUAUUAUAUUCCCGCAGUUGAUAUCAACUCCGGUGAUUGCUGAAUUACACAAUUCGAUGUUUUAUGCAAUGGCAAAUUUUUCUCGUUUCAUUUACAUGUAAAUAUCGUGAUAUAUUUGAAUAUGACUCUGUCAUUAAUAACAAUAUUUAUGAGAAGUGCGCGUCCCAAAAACAUAGCACGCAAAGUUUCGAGAAAAAAUGAAUUUAUGUAUGACCUUUUUUUUUCCUGGGUCCGUAGAACGAUAUACGUUAGAAAAAAAUAGCUCACUGGAAUGACAGAGUGUUUAAUAUUCAACUUGAUAAUAUUUUCAAUUUUAAUUGAAAUUUCUAUUUAAAUUCUUACCGACCUCGUACAGCUAGUUCCUGAUACUCGAUCUGUUUGUACGCUUCAGCGUCUCUCAUCCUCGCUUUCAUUCAUCAGCGACUAGCUCGAUUUCCGCAGGAUACUUCGAUCGCCGCCGGAAAUUGAGCCGAUGAGAAUUAGCCUCGAAGCUCGAAGAAUUUUUCUCGAAGUUUUCGAACAAAUCAUCGCGUCAUUUGGCGCGCAAAUUACAUUUCGCUGCGCUACAUCAGAUAAAGAAAGAAGUAAUUUUUGCACACACCUCAUAUACAUAUGUGAUACCAUGGGUCUUAAGUUGAUGCUAAUUAGUUAUAAAUUUCUCUCUUCGUUUCUAUUUGUAGACGCACAGUCACGUAAUCUAAUCCAUCGCGUUAUUGCCGAGCAAAUAUCGAGCGAAAUUGGUAGUCAAACAAUGCCGAUAUGUAUCGCAUCGCAUCACAAUGUAAUAAAUUGGAAGUCUUCUUUCGUUACGCCGAAAAGACUCGCGAUAUCUCGCUAGAAAAUAGGAAGGGAUGGUGGUAGACCGAAGAUAGGAAGGGAUGGUGUAGAAUAACCAACAAGUAUGUUCUGAGAGAAUCGAUUUAUAUAUAUAUAUAUGUAUGUGUUGUAUGCCAUAUUAUACCUGUUAUAAUAAAUAUAUUGUUAUCUCACGAUGUGUACAUACGUGCAAUCAGUACAUAUCGUCGAAUCGACCGUCGUAUCUUACAGGUUUCGUCCGUUCCGUGUGUGAUAAUACAUUCAUAACGUUGCGAGUAUAUUUAACGAGUAAGACGUCGAGACGUUUGAAAGUGAUGCUAAUGGUCUCUCAGGGCGGAGGCCUCCUAACGGAACAUUUGGCACGUAUCUCCGGCAUCGGAAUACUCUCGAUCAGACGCAAAAGAUGCUCUUCGCGGUGAUAUUCGAUUAGGACGUCCUAGAGUGGUGGGAGACAUUCGAAGCGAUUCCGCGGAUCGCGCCGCGGAAUCAUCGUCAAUUUAUAAAAUAAAUUUGCGCGCGAGCUCGUCACCAUACAAAACCAUCUACUUUCUCCCGUUGGCGGAUAAUACGGUCGUUAUCUUCGCGGGCGGCGCGAAGAUGAGCGUGAUUAAUUGGAAAUAGUAGUCGCUCGCGAAAACCGACACGGCACAACUACGUUCUUACGCACGCGCGUAAAGCCGGUGAUGCAAAGUCAAACCGUAAAGAACUAGUUGAAGCAAGACGUGGAAUUAAUAGACUCGAUAUACAUUUACAUAGAUAGAGCGCAAGCUGUUGUAUUUGCGAUAUAGUUCUUAUUUACGUGUAACGAGCGAUAAGAAACAAAUUAAAACGCUUCAGUACUGACCAGCCCACCAACCUAAACCGGAUUAGCGUUGCUGUGUAAACGCAACGUUUAUUGGUCAAGUUUCCAUCGAAACCUUCCGUCCGAUUCUGCCUCGCAUCUAAUGUCAUGCCU